AUGUGGUUAAAGAAACUCUUCUCUGAGCAAAAGCCUACAUGGACCUUCUAUGCUUAUGACAACAUAGCACAUGUAGACCUAAAAUCAGAAAAUAACAUUGCUCAAAAUGUGAAAAUAAAUAUAUUCUUACAGUCAUUCAAUACCAAAAAAUAA